AUGCGGACGUCCUCCUCCUCGUCUCCGAGGAAGAGGAAGAGGAAAUACCUCUCGCCUCUCGAUCCUAUCGAAAAGCUGCCUCCCUUGGACAAUAGUUUCGGCCUGUCGUUUAUCUUCCACGAUGUUUACGACGAGCGUGUCGACACUGUCUUCCACUGUGCUCCGGUGUACCAGCGGUGCCUUUGGCCGGAAGCUGUUGCCGAGAAGCGUCGGCCGUCUACCGAGCUCGCAAUUCGUUCAUCGGUUGAUCAAAUUUUCGGCAACGAGCCGGGAUCUUGGCUUUAUCGCUACGACGACGGCGACUCGAGGAAAAACGGUAUCGUCGGCAAAGGAGGGGAGUGGAGGGAAGGAUUUGUACAGACUCGUUGCGAGAAUAGAGCAGACAGAUCGAAAAAGUGUUUGGCAACGAUCGUCGUGUUCCUCGGACUGUUGUGCGGACAUUGGUGCUCUGGUGGAGCGGAGGCACUCGCUGGUAGCCAGAAAUACAGCACGAGAACAGUCAGGACCAGGUACGGCACGUUGCGCGGUGUCGAGGACAGAUCAUCCACGUCUGUCGAGACUUAUUACGGCGUGCCAUACGCCACGCCGCCAAUCGGAGCGUUGCGAUACAUGCCACCGGUUACGCCGACACCGUGGCGCGGCAUCAAGCUGGCGGAUACCAUGCCACCCGCGUGUCCUCAGAAGCCACCGGAACCGGACUCGAGUCUGCCGCGGUCCAAACGGGCUUACCUCGAGAGGCUAGCACCGUUGCUGGCCAACCAGAGCGAAGACUGCCUAUACUUAAACCUCUAUGUGCCCAAAUCUCCUCACGGUAGUACCCCAGACUUAUUACCAGCCCUUCUUCUAAUUCACGGUGAUUCCUAUUCAUGGGGCGCUGGAAAUUCCUUCGACGGCACUGCGUUGGCUGCUUAUGGUCGUCUUAUCGUCGUUUCUAUUAAUUUUCGUCUUGGUGUACUCGGUUUCCUUAAAACAGGUCCGAAAGGGAGCGCGCAAGGAAAUUACGGAUUGAUGGAUCUAGUGGCAGGCCUUCACUGGUUACACGAGAAUCUCGGCGCUUUUGGCGGCGACCCGGAUCGAUUGACGCUCUUUGGCCACGGCACAGGAGCCGCGCUCGCCAACUUUUUAGCCGUCUCACCCAUGGCAAGAGAGCUGGUCGAGAGAGUAGUUUUACUCGGCGGUUCUGCCUUGUCACCCUGGGCCAUACAGCGUGAUCCGUUAACGGCGAAACGUCACGUCGCCAAUCAGACCGAUUGCUCCGGUGACGUGGAGGCUGACGAUAUCGCACCGUGCCUUCGUUUGCGAAGUUUGGAAGAGCUUCUCGCCGUGCAGUGGGAUACCCCGAGAUUCACUUCCGGAUUUGCUCCUUUCGUCGAUGGGGCGGUCAUGCCUGCACCGAUCAAUCAGAAUUUCCAACCGACUGCCUCCUCCUCGGGACUGAUGCCUCUGAUACCUGGACCAGGCACCGAAUUUGCUAAUUUCGGCGAUCGAGAUCUCCUGUUGGGAUUGACGUCCGAGGAAGCUUGGAUAAACCUCACCGACGACGAUCUACAGAACGGUUUGAACGAGACCAGGAGGGAUCGUAUUUUGCGCACUUACGUGCGAAACACCUAUCGUUACCACCUUCACGAGAUCUACUCGACCCUCCGUAACGAGUACACGGACUGGGAGAGAGGCGAGCAGAGUCCGUCAGCGAUCUGCGAGGGCCUUCUGUCCCUGCUCGGCGACGGUCAGGUCGCUGCUCCUCUCCUAAGGCUCGCGUUGCUACACUCGGCGUCCGGAGGACGUGGUUACUUUUUGCAUUUUCAGCUCGGCGACCGACCAAGUCAAAGGGGCGAGGAGGUGCCCUAUCUUUUGGGGAUACCUCUUCUUCGCGGAGAGGUCGUGUCCGUUCUCUUCGCCCAAGUCAACUACACUUUGGCCGAUGAGAACCUGUCCAAACUGCUGGUCCACUACUUGGCCAACUUCGUAAGACGCGGGGACCCGAACGGCGUCAGCCCGUUGACAUCGGGAUCCGACGGGCUUCCGACCAGCCCGCCGUUUUGGGAUUCGUACGAUUCGAUAAAUCAGCUGUACCUAGAGGCCGGUCGUAGCACGGAAAUGCGGUCGCAUUACAGGGGCCAUAAGAUGUCUCUGUGGUUGAAUCUGUUGCCGCAACUACAUCGACCCGGAUACGAAAUCAGCAUGCGUCAUCAUCAUCUGGUCGACAGCCCUAGCCUGUACGAAGGUGCGGUGCGCCAGCAGACCGAAGCGCUACCGUUGCCAGCGCCUCCGCUCCCGGUGCCGUCACCCACCGAGCCAUCCUCGAUCUCGAGCGCGAUAUCGACCACCGAGUGUACGCCGAACGCUACGGUCGCCACCACCGUGGCGACUACCUCGAGAACUUUCCAGCAUCCGAAGCUGGGCCCAGCGCCUAACAAUAUUCUUAGAAAGCUGGCCUCCACUUAUUAUCAAAGCUACACCACAGCCCUCACAGUCACCAUAGCCAUUGGCGUAUUUCUCUUGAUACUGAACAUUCUCAUUUUCGCUGGCAUCUAUCAUCAGAGGGACAAGAACGCUUCGAACGCGGCUGGAGGUUUAUCUUCGGGCUUUGGAGAUAAGAAGAAGGAGGAGCUAUUGGAAGCAGGGUGUUCCGGUAUCGAGGUGUCCUCGGGAAAGCAGAGACUAUCUUCCUUGAAUCUGAUGGACUCGCCGUCUUCGAGUCCGCCACCGCAUAAAGCGAAACUGGUGCAGGAGUUGGAAUUACAGUUGCAGGAGUUCCAAUGUUCUCCGCCUCCAGGCGGUGGCAAGAGAGCGUUAGAACCACCGUUGUAUAGUAGAAGUCCGUGCGUCCAGAGGACGCGCACUCCAUCGCCUUGCGUAGACGCGACCACUGCCAGGAUGGACGACGACGACGACGACGACGACGACGACGACGGCGGCGACGACGAUGGGGAUAGCAACAGCGACGAUAACGACGACGAGAAUCUUCCAGAACCUCCACCGCCUCCGAAAGCUCCAGCGCCCAACGUCAGCCUGUCCUGUCCAGGAAUCCUCAGGCAACCCGGUACACCCGGUAGCGCCAAGAAACGUGUUCAGAUCCAAGAAAUUUCCGUAUGAGGAGAGUACCUCUUGCAAUCUCCUUUUGCCGAAAACUCGUUCCGACUGGCCCAUUCCGACCAUUCCUAGUAAACCUGUCGAGCGAUCCUCGAUCGUCGCUACCGCUGGCGGUAGUCGACCAACAGCUUCGACCAAGAAGAAAUUCAGCGUUUCGAGCGUUCCAAGCCAAAGUCCGUUGUUGCAACGCGCCAUAACUUUCAGACGUUGCAUAUUCGCCUCUGUCGAGAGUUUCUUCGCGCUUAAGAAUUUUAGAUUCUGCAUAGGCCUAGUUGCGAGAGGAUCGGCAGUUUGGAAAAGUCACGGUUUACGGUUUUAACGUCGCGCUCGGGAGAAUAUUCGUAGCCAAAGAUCGAUGCCAGCUUAGUAUCUGUCUUCGAAGAAUCGAUAAACGGAUUGACGAAGACGCAUAAGACGGCAAAUAAAAGCACAAAUCGAUGGCCUUAAAAGAAUUCGUUACUCGAAGCGACAUAAUAGACGCGACGGGAAGCAACGUCAAAGUCGAAUCAGGCAAGCCACGUUCCUACGAGAUUCGACGGAGAUAUUUUCCAAUAUUUCUUACGACUCGAUGAAAAGCGGUGAAAAGGAAGAAGCAACGGAACGGACGGAAUGAUAACGACGGAUAAACAACAACGGAGGAAAACGCAGCGUCUCCCACUGGAGGGAAAUUUUCGCAACGAUUUUAUUGAUUGUUGAUCGCGUGAAUAUAUUUCGUACGUUCAAAUUUGUCAUAGAUCCAUCGAAUUUAAAUUUAAACGGUGCUCGAUUUGUUUGCCCGAGUUUGUUCGAGCACGAGCGAUAUCGAGAAGUCGUCAAGUUUUACGAUAUCCUUCCUUCAGGCAAGAAACAUCUCGCACAAAAAGCAUCGACUCUUUGUCUUCCUCCUUCGAAAGCUAUACACACGGUGGACGGUGAAGAAUCGGAGAGAAGUUGGAUAGAAAAAAACGAUGAACGAGAGAUGGAUACCGACAGCGUCGGCGUCGAGUAGAUGUUGAACCGUCGCCGAGAGUCGUCGUCGCGACGCUCGACACUGUGAAACGAGGGGAUUGAUAUAAUCUCAGGAACCCAAAAGACAAGGCGCGCGCCGAGGAAGCCCAGCAGGAUACCUCGGGCUUCCUUCAUCCUGAUUUGUCGGAGCACUAAGUGGAAUUAUUCGAGGAAUUGGAAGGUCUGACCUCGGCUUUCCGGAUCUCGUUUUGUUUUUCGGUCGAGAGCAGGAAGUCGUACGGGAGCAAAUGGACCUGAUCAAGCGAAACUCCGCAGGUUCGCCACUAAAGGAGCCUGCUAGCUAAUGAAUUGACGAAUCUGAAGUUCUCGUCGGUAUAAUCGCGAGUGUUCUUAGUUACAUACGUGAAAAAGGGAGAGAGAAAGGGAGAGAGAGAAAGGGAGAGAGAAAGUGAGAGAGAAAAGGAGAGAGAUAGACAGACAGACAGACAGACAGAUAGAUAGAUAGAUAGAUAGAUAGAUAGAGAGAGAGAGAGAGAGAGAGAGAGAGAGAGUAUGUGUGUGUGUGUGUGUGUGUGAGACAGUGAGAGAGCGAGAGAGUGAGAGACAAGAGGAAAAAUCGUAGUGCGAGUGUCAGAGUGACAGAUGAUGAGAAUGAAAUGGAUAACAGUUGGUGAAGUAGGAAAUAUAAAUUGUAUAUUAUAUUCGAUGCCAGGGAAUAUGAUUGGAACGUUGGAAGAAAAAAGUGGAUCCAUCCUGAGUGUAUUUUUUCGUUUCUCCUUGGAGCGUGCCGACAGGAACGGUUCUUGUCGAAUUUGGGAUUGCUUGGAUGAAAUUUUGCUUUCUGCCUCGUUCCAUAUUUAUUUUUUCAUCUCCUAGUAUGUACGUAAAUGCGUAUCAAUUAUAUUCGUUUGUAACUUAAUUUCGAACGUACGAUCCAACUAUGUAUCUGAUGUAUUUUUCUUUAUAAGAAAAUUGCUGUUACAAAAUGAUUCUUACUACCUUCGAAGGUACGCGAAUAAUAGUUGCCCUGUUUUCCGACAUCCGACCAUUUAUUUGAUAAGGAAACGUAUCUGGCGCCAAACCUCACUGGUUAUUAUCGAACGUUUAAUUUUUUUAUAUAUAAACGGUACGAAUAUUCCUCUCGAAAUAAAUUAUAUCGGUUGACGUUGAUAUAGACGCAAACCGUAAGCACUUUCAUCGUCGAUGAAGCUGCCGAUCGGUAAUUUUGAGAAUGUCGCGUCCUCUUUUAAGCGUGUACCGUUGACAAAUGCUGGUGUUUACGAGCGACGUUCCUCGCUGUUCCCCAUUCCCUCCGACAAAUUAGCCUUGAUUAAGUUUCGCCGAAUAGUGGAACAAGAUUAGCCGUUUGUCAAGUUGAUAACUAAAAACGUUCAGCACCUGACUUGCGCGAAAUAUAUUUAUUUUAAAUUAAACGUUCCUUGUCGAAAGUAUUUACAACGUUCGAGAAUUCUAACGAUUGACAGAUUAAAUGGUAAAGGACGAUAUGGCAUUUACCUCUUCGAGCGGAGAAAUAUGUAAGUUAAAGUACCCGACGCGAAAGUUUCUAUUCCAUAUCAAGUAGUAACAGGCAACGAUAGUCAGACGCGAAAGUAGCCACACAAUGAGACUUUAACAUUACGAAAGGGAUGAAAUGCCGAUUAAAAUUCUCGUGUCUUUCCUAGAAUAUCUACAAUUACGUUUAACAAAUUUGAAUAUCCCACUUGUUAUAAGCAAAUUGUUUCGAUUAAAGUUAAAGUUUAUGAUAUUGAACAAUUUUCAGCUAAAAUUAGACUUUGAUCGUCUUCGUGAAGCGAAAUAGAAAUAUUCAUUGGGCCGCUAUUAAAACGACCGAGGUUAGUUUCCCUUUCGUUACGAUGAACGACUUUUUAAUUAUUUAGUUUCCUUCUUCACGGUUGUUUGAAAGAUAUUCUUACUUUUUAGAACAUUCCCCGAAAAACGCAAAAGGAAAAUUCAAAUCAAAGAACGCCACGUUCUUGCUAAAAUUUCUUCCUUUUCAUCGCUAAACUGAAACCACUAGCUCCUUCCUAUCGAUUCGUCGUUCUACCAACGCACCUACUUCCGGCAAAUUUUCUAUUGCACCUUUUUCCUAAUAUCCCUCUAAGAAACAUUUUUCAUUCUCCGUCUUACUGUCGUUUCUUUCUUUUUUUUUUUUUGUUUCUUUCGUAUCGGUGAUAGAGGCAACUGCGAUCGAGAAACGCAAAGCCAACGAUCGAUACCGGAAAUAAGAGACAGUCGGAUCCCGAUAACGAAGGAGAAACGAGUCGUUGCGAGUUUUCGUGCGAGUUUGGAACGUAACGAAAGAGCGAAAAAAGAAAAAAGGAAAAAGGAAAAAGAAAAAAGUAAAAAGAAAAAAACUGGAAGGAAAGGGAAAAAAGGAAACCGCGUGUGGGGCCAGCCGUAAGUAAAAUCUAACUACUAAUUUAGUUUAGGCGGACAACGCCCGUCACCGUGAAAAAAUUCGUGUAUCUUUGCGCCCGGAAGAAAUUGUCGAUCUCAUCGGAACGACUUUUCGAGCCUCGACGUGGUUUGAAUUUUGAACGAAAGAAACGAAGGGAGAUUGCGAAAGAAAUUUUGCGUGCCCGUGUGUAUGCGUGUAAAAUUACGAGAGGCAGAGAGAAAGAAGUUGGAAUGUCCUGUCGUUGAAAAACUUUCGUCGAUGAAUCGGCGGAUCCUCGAUUUCGAUCAUUUGUUCGCGCGUUUCUUCUUCGACGAUCCUUUCGAACGAUGGUCGAUGUUCGUUGAAACGUAGCUCUGAAUUUUCAGAAAGUUUCUCGAUGAAUUAACGCGCGAAACACCGAUGUCUUCAGCGUCAUUUACAUACGGAAUCGAAAGAAGACAUACAUGUACACUUACACGUACGCGAAUGCGAAGGUCACGUGCAUACACUGGUACACGUACACGAUUAUCAAUGUUUGGAAUGUUGGGAUUUGUUUAAAUAAAUACUUAAAGCAUUUAAAACGUAA